CCUGAAAAGAGUGUGGAAGAACCGAAGGGUGGAAAGGACUGACAGGGUUGUGAUAGAAAAGAAGAAUCAGUGAAAAAUGGACCAGUGUGUGGAUGGCAGGCUAAAGUAGAUUAAGAAAUCUGGGCCCAGUGUUAAACCCUUGGUUAAGGAAUAGUUGAGAGGUUUGCACAUACCGGUAUCAAGGAUCCGUAAGGCUUUGAAGUGCACCUCUAAAGUAGUAAGGCUUGUGCCUGGGCUUUAUCACUAUUGCUUGAACCCCAUGUCGGAGACUAUGUUGGCAGAACAAACCCAGAAGUGGUUCCCUACUCAUGUGCAGGUCACGGUCCUUCAGGCCAAAGGCUUAAAGCCAAAGGGCAAAGGCGGUACUAAUGAUACAUACACGAUCAUACAACUGGGAAAGGAGAAGUACUCCACCUCAGUGGCAGAGAAGACCCUGGACCCUGUGUGGAAAGAAGAGGCCUCAUUUGAAUUACCCGGAUUGCUGAUGGAAGGAAAUUCAGAAAAAUACAUUCUCUGCUUGAUAGUCAUGCACAGGUCUCUUGUUGGCCUUGAUAAAUUUCUGGGACAAGUGGCAAUAAAUCUAAAUGAUAUCUUUGAAGACAAGCUAAGAAGAAAAACAGAGUGGUUUAGCCUAGAAUCUAAACAAGGAAAAAGAACUAAAGACAGAGGAGAGAUAAAAGUCAAUAUUCAGUUUAUGAGGAACAACAUGACAGCAAGUAUGUUUGAUCUCUCAAUGAAGGACAAAACUAAAUCUCCUUUUGCUAAACUAAAGGACAAAAUGAAGGGACGCAAGACUGAUGGGACCCUUUUGGAUACAUCCUCUGCGAUCAUUCCAAGCACUCACACUCCAGAAACAAGUGCUGUAACUUCUCUUAGUGAAAUACAGUUAAAAUCAAAACCAAAAAAGCCUUUUCUUUUGGGACCUCAACGACUAUCAUCAGCUCAUUCAAUGUCUGAUUUGACUGGACCUCAAGUGUCUUCAGAAAAAAUUAAAUCAGGCACAGUUGGGAAUCCAUACCUCUUCAGACAUCAGCUGGAGUCUGUUGGUUCUGUGGAUGAAGGUGGUACUUUUGAUUUUGAUCCGACUAAUCCCUUUACAAGCAGCUUCAAGCCGACAAAUACGCUGUCAUCUUCUAGUCUUAAUGUGAAUCCUUCAAAAACGGAAGACCUCAGGAAAGCAGCGGAUGGAAAUCCUUUUGAUGCCACCGCAGUGUAUCGUAAUCUUACAUAUGAAGAGGUGUUACAAGAAUUAGUGAAACAUAAAGAACAACUUAAGAAGAAGGACACCCACAUUCGCGAACUUGAGGACUACAUUGACAAUCUUCUUGUACGAGUAAUGGAAGAAACUCCCAGUAUUCUCCGAGUGCCAUAUGAACCUUCUCGACGUGCUGGCAAAUUUUCCAAAAGCUGAGGUCCCUACCACCCCCCCAUGGCAUUUCUUUAGAAAGUAAUGGGAUGGACAGCUUAUUGAUACCUUAAUUUCUAUUGUCCCCUCAUUUCUUCCUGAAAGACAGGUUGACUCUAAAUAUCAGCAAGUUUUGUCCAAACCUGUACAUGAACUCCAUAACAUUUACAAAAAUAAACUAAGUUCUAUUUCCUAUGAAAUACUCCUUUUACAUUAAACAUUUACAUGAGGAUAAUUUUUACAUCAUAGCUAACUUGUACACCACUGUACACAUAGGAUCCUAUACACUUGAAUAUUUACUUUGCAGCUCAGUCAAUCUCUUUGAUACAGCAUGCUGUCAAUGUGGAUGCGCACAAGCAGGUUGUAGUUUGCAACUCUAAACAUAAAGAAAAAUGUGAUACUAUGAGAGUUUAUUAUUAACAUUUUAUUAAUAUCCA